CCUCAUUAUUGUGCUGUUAAGAGUUCUUUUCACCGACUCCACUCACAGCAAUCAAGUUGUGCUGUUGGAUACCACUACUGUGCUUGGUGAGCUGGGCUGGAAAACCUAUCCUGUGAAUGGGUGGGACACCAUCACAGAGAUGGAUGAGCAGAACCGGCCCAUCCACACCUUCCAGGUCUGUCACGUAAUGGAGCCCAAUCAGAACAACUGGCUGCGGUCCAACUGGAUCUCCCGGCAGGCUGCCCAGAAGGUGUUCGUGGAGCUGCGCUUCACCCUGAGGGACUGCAACAGCAUCCCCUGGGUGUCAGGCACCUGCAAGGAGACAUUCAACCUCUUCUACAUGGAAACGGACGAGUCUCAUAGCAUCAAGUUCAAACCGGGCCAUUAUACCAAGAUUGACACCAUAGCAGCUGACGAGAGCUUCACGCAGACAGAUCUGGGUGACCGCAUCCUCAAACUCAACACUGAGGUGCGGGAGGUGGGGCCCAUCACUCAGAAGGGCUUCUACCUGGCCUUCCAGGACAUAGGGGCCUGCAUCGCGCUGGUGUCAGUGCGCGUGUACUACAAGAAAUGCCCCUUCACGCUCCGAAACUUGGCCACGUUCCCAGACACCAUUCCCCGCAUGGACUCUUCCUCGCUGGUGGAAGUACGAGGCACCUGCGUGAACAAUGCGGAGGAGCGGGACACGCCCAAGCUGUACUGCGGAGCGGACGGGGACUGGCUGGUGCCGCUAGGCCGCUGCGUCUGCAGUAGGGGCUACGAGGAGCUGGACGGCACCUGCUUCGCAUGCAGACCUGGAUUCUACAAAGCUUUCACUGGAAACACCAAGUGCUCCAAGUGCUCCUUGCACAGCUUUACAUACGACGAGGGCUCCUCACUCUGUCCGUGUGAGGCAGGCUUCUUUAGGGCAGGAAAGGACCCCCCCACAAUGGCAUGUACUCGACCCCCUUCCCCUCCUCGGAACGUGAUCUUCAACAUCAAUGAGACCUCCCUCUUCCUCGAGUGGAGCCCGCCCAGCGACACGGGGGGCAGGAGCGACCUCACCUACAACGUCCUGUGCAAGAAGUGCGGCUCGGACCCGGAGCAGUGCGAGCUGUGUGACGGGGGCCUGAGGUUUUUCCCGCGGCCCCAGGGGCUGACCAACGCCUCCGUCACCGUGCUGGACUUCGCCGCCCACGCCAACUACACCUUCGAGAUCGAGUCGCUCAACGGUGUGUCCGAGCUGGGCUCCUUUCCCCGGCCGGUCGCAGCCAUCACCGUCAGCACUGAGCAGGGUGGCCCUUCGCUAGUGGGGAUGGUGAAGAAGGACUGGGCCUCUCCAAAUAGCAUUGCCCUCUCCUGGCAAGAGCCAGAACAGCACGACACAGCGGUGCUGGACUAUGAGAUCAAGUACUAUGAGAAGGAACACGAGCAGCUCAGCUACUCUUCCACCCGCACCAAGACCCCCAGUGCCAUCAUCGCAGGCCUCAAACCCUCAACCCGCUAUGUCUUCCACGUCCGAGCCCGCACCUCCGCUGGAUACAGCAGCUAUGGCCCCAAGUUUGAGUACGAGACGGGGGACGAUGCCUCCAACAUGGCUGCCGAUCAGGGCCAGGUGCUGGUCAUUGUCACGGCAGCAGUGGGUGGCUUUGCCCUCCUGGUCAUCUUAACACUGUUCUUCCUUAUCACUGGACGGUGUCAGUGGUACAUCAAAGCCAAGAUGAAGUCGGUGGAGAAGAGGAGGGCAAACUGUCUGAAUGGACACAUCCCUUCCCCAGAAGUAAAGACGUACAUCGACCCAGAUGCCUAUGAGGAUCCCACCCAGGCGGUCCAUGAGUUUGCAAAGGAAAUCAACCCCACCUGGAUUCACAUCGAGAGAGUGAUCGGAGCAGGUGAAUUUGGGGAGGUGUGCAGCGGGCGACUUCGACCCCCAGGGAUGAGAGAGAUUCCUGUGGCCAUAAAGACCCUGAAGGGCGGCUCCGUGGAGUGCCAGAGGCGUGACUUCCUCCGAGAGGCGAGCAUCAUGGGGCAGUUUGACCACCCCAACAUCAUUAGACUGGAGGGUGUCGUCACCAAAAGCCAGCCAGUCAUGAUUGUGGUGGAAUAUAUGGAGAAGGGAUCGCUGGACUCCUUUCUGAGGAAGCACGAUGCCCAGCUCACCAUGAUCCAGCUGGUGGGCAUGUUGCGUGGUAUCGCUGCAGGCAUGAAGUACCUCUCUGACAUGGGCUACGUCCACCGCGACCUGGCCGCCCGCAACAUCCUGGUCAACAGCAACCUGGUGUGCAAGGUGUCCGACUUUGGCUUGUCCCGGGUGCUGGAGGAUGACCCCGAAGCAGCCUACACUACCACAGGAGGAAAAAUCCCCAUUCGAUGGACAUCUCCAGAGGCUAUUGCAUACAGGAAGUUCUCAUCAGCCAGCGAUGUAUGGAGCUACGGCAUUGUCAUGUGGGAAGUGAUGUCAUAUGGGGAGCGGCCCUAUUGGGAGAUGUCCAAUCAGGAUGUGAUCCUGUCUAUAGAGGAGGGGUACCGCCUCCCGGCUCCGAUGGGAUGCCCUAUGGCGCUGCACCAGCUCAUGCUUCACUGCUGGCAGGAGGAGAGAAGUCACCGGCCGAGGUUCACGGACAUCGUCAGCUUCCUGGAAAAGCUCAUCUGCAAUCCGAGCAGCCUGCUCCCCCUGGUGGAGGGUGUGGAGAGCUUGCCGGAGUCCCCCGGAGAUGUCUCCGAUUACCCUCUUUUCAUCUCCAUUGGUGAUUGGCUGGAUUCUAUUAAAAUGAGCCAAUACAAGAACAGCUUCUUGGCAGCAGGCUACACUACACUGGACUCGGUCUCCAGGAUGAGCAUCGAAGAUGUCCGGCGGACGGGGGUGACACUGAUUGGACACCAGAGGCGCAUAGUGAGCAGCAUACAGAUGUUGCGCCUGCAGCUACUCCACAUCCAGGAGACAGGCUUUCAUGUAUGAGGCUGUGAGCACGCUGCCAGCCAUCGCCUUUAGCUCAGCCGUCUGGCCCCAAGGAGACUGCCCGUUACAGCUGCAAGGCCCGACUUCUAGCAACCUCACACUGCUUUUCUUGGACUUGAACUCAACAAUAUGGACCACUUUUUAAAAAAAAAAAAACAGCCGUU